AUGUACCCGCGCGCGCUGGUUCCAAGUGCCCUCAACGGAUCCGCCGAUGCCGUCCGCGCGGCAAUCGACGUCCUCGCCGAUGAUGAGGCCGUUCUCUACGACGGCCAAAUGGUUCUGGCCGCGUUGACCAUCGUGCCCCAACGGUUAGUUUUCACCCCGCUUUUUCCUUGUUUCAUGUGCCAUUUUUCAGAGCCGGCGAGUAUCGGUUCAACGAAAAGUUCUCCAUGAGAGACAAACUGCGGCUCACGAAGAACAUGGAGAUCAAAGGCGACGAAGUGAUCGUCGAGGACAAGGGAGGCGCCUACGUCGUCUCCCUUUUAACAGUCAUUCGGCUCCCCUCGUAAGUUUUCCACUCAAUCAAUCUAUUCGAACUCUAAACGAUCACUUUUCAGGCUGCUAGAUUUGACAAGGGAGCGACAGCGACGGAAGGAUUUUACAAAGAGCGAGCGGAAGAUGAAAAAGGAGCUGAUCAAGCGGGAAGCGGAGAAGAAAAAGUCCGAAAAAGAGGAACGAGCUCGAUCGCCGUGUCUUCCAUACUAA